GAGUUGUUGAUCAGGAGUUGUGGGAAAGGGGGGAUGGAGACGUGGAUUUGGUCUGCAAAGAUCGUCGACCGUUGCGAGCUGAAAUGGGAAUAGCGUUGCCCAUCGAGCCCACUCUAUCCGCCGCUCCUGGGGCGGCAAAGAGGCAGGUUGUGGGGGGCGGCGGCGCAUGAAUGCACACGUCAUUGCAUUCUUGCAAGGAGCGCAAGGGGGACCCACGAUGGCGCAAGUCGUGUCAGAAUGGCGGCAGGCGAUUCAGACUGCGCAAUACAAUGCAAAGCACGUGUCAAGCAGCCGCAAUCAAUCACGAAUGGCUUUGGAAGGCGACUUGAUCAGACGACGUGUUUUGACUCGCUUGUCAUCCUAAGAUGACAUUCUCGAGAAACUAGAAAAGGGAUGAAAGAGAGCACGGCA